CUCCCGAAGAGCUUGCUGUCACGGGUCGUGACAGUGUGAGGUUCAUGUGCGCAACUCCUGGUUCGACUGGACAGUUCGAACCACAGUCCCUCUUUUGAGGGUGUUACGCAGUGGUCAGUUGCGCCCACCCGCGACACUUGCUGCGUAAGCCGAGCUCUAUUGACGGUCCUUCUCGCCUGCCGGCAAAGCCACCCCAAAGGUACUCCAAAGCACUCUGCGAGACUACAGUAUGUCUUCGUCUGUUCUGGCCUCUUCACAUCAUCACCAAUCCUUCUUAACGCGCCUCACUGCAGCUUCAGCCGUCCGCGACUACCGGUUUGUUCACUCCCAGAAGCCUGUCCUCAAAGCAGACAUGCUCAGCCGAAAGCUCCUCAUGGAUCGCUAUAUCCGGUCCGCUUCCGAAGUCUCCGAUCCUUUCUAAUCCCACUACGCCUUCUUCGCCGACGCCGACGCGAAAAUAGACCCCAUGAGAGACGCCUUCAUGACUUACCUGCCAGUGAGGCAGGUUUACUCGCGAGAAGAGAGGCAACAGCGAUACAAGGAGUUUAACCUAGGGAAGAAAUCACAGCAGGUAUCCAAGUUUGUGGACCGAUCGGUGCGAAUGAUCGUUUCGAUACGGGCGGUCUGGUCUUGGUACUUCCAAUCGCCGUCAUGUACUUGCAGCCGUCGCUGGCGAAAAGCCUGAUUACAGUAUCAGCAGCAGUAUCUCUAUUUGCGUUUGGGCUGUCGUUUGGGGUUCGCG